GGUGCCCUGUUCCAAUUCCAUUGUGAGCCAUAUGAUCCUAUAAUUCUUCCGUUUCUUUUGCUUAACAGUUGUUCUUUGAUCCAUAAUCUCUGCUGCAAUCUUACAAAUAUCAAUCCACCAAAUUAACUCGAAAUUUUGUUUUACAAAGUGGAUAAGGGUGCAUAAAACUCUUCCUAAUCCAAAUCCAAAAAUUAAAUCCAAAUCCCUCCAAAAAUCUCUGCUGAAACUGUGUCCCAAAUCUCAGCUGCUUAAUCCAUUUUUACCAUUUCUUCUCUACUCAUAACUAACAAACUCAUCCAUGUGGUGCAUUUUGCCUACAAAAGGGAUCUCCAUACAUGGGUUAUCCUUGAAAAAGUAGAAUGCCCUGCUCACUUUCUCGUUAAUUUGAUUUCUGUUUCUGUUCAUCAAUGGAUUACUCUAGGGAACUUGAAGGGAAAAGAAUCCAUGAUCACUUCAGCAGGAGAACAACUAGAUCGCCUAGACGUAUAUGUGUUCCGGGCCCUGUAAUAGUUGGUGCUGGUCCUUCGGGCCUUGCUGUGGCUGCUUGUCUUAAAGAGAGAGGCGUCCCCAGCUUGAUCCUGGAAAGGGAAAACUGUAUCGCUUCCUUGUGGCAGCGCAAGACCUACGACCGUCUCCGCCUCCACCUUCCGAAGCAGUUUUGCCAGCUGCCUCUCAUGCCAUUUCCUGAUCAUUUCCCGACUUAUCCAACCAAACAACAGUUUCUGGCCUACUUGAAGGUAUAUAGACACCAUUUUGGAUUAGAACCCGUUUUCAACAGAACGGUGGUGAGUGCAGAAUUCGAUUCAGGUUGCGGCUUUUGGGGGAUCAAGGCGAAGGGACCCAAACAGGAGGAAACGGAGUAUGUUUGUCGAUGGCUGAUUGUGGCAACCGGCGAGAAUGCAGAGGAAGUAUACCCACAGAUUGAAGGAAUGAGUGAUUUUGGCGGGCCUAUAGUUCACACCAGCUCAUACAAAACCGGCGAGAUGUUUUGCGGAAAGACAGUACUUGUCGUCGGAUGUGGGAAUUCAGGCAUGGAGGUCUGCUUGGAUCUCUGCAACUACAAUGCUCGCCCCUCCCUAGUUGUCAGAGACUCAAUGCACGUCUUGCCGCAAAAGAUGCUGGGGAGAUCGACUUUUGGAUUGGCCAUGUGGCUGCUCAAGUGGUUCCCCAUACGCCUUGUGGAUAAAUUCUUGCUUCUCCUUUCCAACUGGAUCCUUGGCGACACCGCAAAGUUAGGGAUCCACCGGCCCAAGGUUGGUCCUCUCGAGCUGAAGAAUCUAACGGGCAAGACUCCGGUCUUGGAUGUUGGAACGCUUGCAAAGAUCAAAACCGGGAUUAUAAAGGUUUGCCCCGGUAUAAAGCGACUAACGUACUGUGCUGCGGAGUUUGUCAACGGGGUAAUGGAGAAGUUUGACGCCAUCAUCCUAGCCACAGGUUAUAAAAGCAAUGUUCCGCAAUGGUUAAAGGAGACUUGUAUGUUUUCUGAGAAGGAUGGUUUUCCUCGGAAACCAUUUCCGAAUGGAUGGAAAGGUGAAUCUGGGCUAUAUGCUGUUGGAUUUACAAAACGGGGUUUGCUGGGUGCUUCUAUUGAUGCGAAGAAGAUAGCAGAAGACAUCGAGCAUCAAUGGAAAGCUGAAGCAACAAGUUGCAUGUCUUACAAUUGCAGAAAUGUUGCUCAAGUCAUGAGUUCAUGAGUAUGGUUAUUAACUCUAAUAUAUAGGAUUAAAAAGCUCUUCUUCCACUUUAUUUCUUCCUCAUUUGAUUAGUAGCUAGGAUCCGGCAAUAAUUUGUUUAGGAAAUGCUCUUCAGUUUUCCUCCCUCAAUGUGAAUAUCUUGUACAUUUUCUUUCUAUCUAGUUAGGUAUAAAUUGCCAAUUAGGGG